AUGAAGGCGAGCACGGCUGCGUACGAAGCUGCGUACAACCUGCUGCCCGAGCCCACCGUGUUCGCUGCGAUUGGCGCGCUGCCGCACGCGGCGCCCAUCCUCUUGACGCUUGCAGGCAUGGACGAGCCGCUCUCGUGGCCGCUCGGCGCCGCGCAAGCGCAGCAGAUCGCGGCGCUCAACGCCGAGAUGGUACUUUCGCACCUGGUCGUCGACGACGUCGGGGACGCCGAGAGCUUUCGCCUGCGUCCGACCGCCGACGAGGUCGUUCGCGCAACGACCUUUGGUGUGGCCAUCGUGCUGCCUCCGUCGAUGCACCAAGGCGGCGCUCUCACGCUCACGCACAGCGGGCAGUCGCAGACGUUUGAUGACGAGACGCCGCUGGUCGAGACUGCGUUCGCAGCCACCUAUCUCUCGACGACGAUCACGUCCGAAGCGAUCACGUCCGGACGCCGCGUCGCGCUCGUCUAUCGCUUGUACUGCGUGGACGGCCCCGUGCACCUGGCGCCGCCAACGCUCGAGGCUGCGACCGCAGCAUUCAAGGCCCUCGCGCAGUCGCCCAUCGAGGGAAUCCAGCGACUCGGCAAGGGCAUCCUCUCAACUAGUAGCCACGACGCCCUUUCCUUCGAAUCGCUCGGUAUGAAGGAUAAGAUGUUUGUGGACGCGCUUCUCGCCACCGGCUGCUUUGACGUCAGCCUCGCCCCUCUGUACGUUGAGCCACAAGGUCGCGACUGCCAUGUCAAGAACCUCCGACCACAUCCCGCGUGCAACAUGCCACACGCCGUCGCCCGGCACUGGCGGGGCCAAUCGAUCCAAGGGUUUCUCUUUCAGCCGCCUCGAAACUCGAGUGAAAGUCCGUCGAGCGCGAUUGUGUUUGCGCCCAAGCGGUAUCGCGCGAGCAUCGUGGACGUCGGCGGUCUCUUUGCCUUUUUGGAGAAGCGGCUCGGGACGCAGCUGCACGAGGAUGGUGACGCGUCGCACAACGAGGAUGACGCGUACCUUGGAGUCGCCGACACUCGCGAGCUUGUGCUGGCAGCCAUGCCUGUCUUUGGCAUCCGCAGUGCGUCGCAUGUGAGAACCAUGCAAACCUCGCACCUCGAGUCCAUGACGCGCAUCUUGGUGGCCUUGAACGACGUCGAGCUCUCGCGCCUCUUCCUCUCGGACUAUAUCAUGGUCCAGCACCGUUAUCCUCUUCUCGAAAUCGCACCAUUUGUGUACCGUCUCUUGACCAAGCACGGCUGGGAGCCGCUUAGCGCGGCGAUGCUCGGCCUCGUCCAGCGCUGGGCGACGGAGAAUGCAAUUGCAGCGCUUCAGUUGGUCACGAGCUUGGCCGGCCUCGAACCAUUUAAGCCAUUGUGCCCACCACUGCAGCAGCCGUUCGAGGCCGAGCUUUUCAAGCGCUGCUACCAUGCUCUGCUCGCGACACCUAAUGUCUGGGCCGCACCACGUAGGUAUGAACGCAGCCACAUCGUUCUCGAGGAAGUCCUCGUACUCGAGCACUAUGUCCAAGUGACCGCGCCGCAACUCCAAGAAGCCAACUACAUGAGUCAACGACUGCCGCUGCCCUUUGUCGCCGUGAUCGACGCAUACCUUUUCGAACCCUCGGCGGUGCUCCAGUUCGCAUUGCCGGACCAACUGCUCCGGGUCUACGCCGUUGCGCUUGCCUCAGCCAUGCGCCGCCAACCGUCGCUGCCACUGGCAGUCGACAUCGUCGAUGGCAUUCUUGAGGCCGUUCGGACGCUCCGGUCGGCGAACACGUACAGAAUCUACUUCCACGCAUGCUACGUGUUGUACAGAGACGCGGCGGCGGCCGUUCUCUUCUUGGCGAGCCACACGCGGCGUCUCGAUGCAGCUCUCUUCGACGCGUGUGUGGCCGUCUGGGGACUUGCCUUGUUUCGUACCAUUGCGUCGGUUCAGCCGCAUCUUGCCGACACGACGCUCUUGGGCCAGCUCGCUCUUGCGUAUAUUGACGCCGUCCUCGAGACGCUCGCUGUCGAGACGGCGUGGCCAGAGUGGUUGCCCCGUCCGACCGAAGAGGACAAGGAUUGGGUCCAAAUGGGUGCCGUGAUUUUCCUGGAUGUGCUGCACCUUUUGGAGCAGCUGGCUCCGGCCAAGAUGGUCACGGUUGCGACGAUGUGGCUGCAGGCACUGCCAACGACUCGCAACGCGCUGCACGGACACCUCUUGCCCGUGCUGGCCCGUCUUGACGAGGGCAGUCCCGUCUACCGACUGCUGGCAACGGCAGCAAUCGCUCGGUCGACGCACUUGCCACCGCUCCCAGUCGUCGCACCAGCCUUUGCAAUCGCGCCGCCCGAGGACCUCAACCCGGACCACUGCCAGCAGUGCAACCAUGUCCACGCUUUUUACAGUCAAGCGGACACGCUUGCGAUAAGCUGUGGCUGGGACGAUCGCUGUUCGACCCUCGCUCGCAUUGUCUCCGAAGACGAUGCGCGUGUUUCCGUCCGCAGAUAUCGGGUCAUCUACGAGGGGUUUAGCAUUGAAAAGCUCGGCCCCAAUGCCGAGUGGCGUGCGUACCUCGAGCAAGGCCGGAUUGCAGCCCACGUGGCGGCAGCGGCUGCGGUCGAGGCGUUGAAGGGCCAGAUGUCUGGGAAACACAACCAUGACCAAGAGAACGACGAUGCGCCGUUGGUCAAGCGCGUGCGCCGGGCAUAG